AUCCAAUAAUUCACGCACUUGUCAGUUGUAGACAUCUUACAGAGAGUAAACUCAAGAUCGAGAGUAUGAAUCUGAAGUUCAUACUUCACCUCAAAUCCUCAGCCGGCAGUUGAGUGUAGGCCAAAUUAAAGAUCUGAGCCAUGGACGUCGCGGAUGCAUUUAUAGGGGAGCUUCUAGAUCGGCUAGUACAAGUAGCAGAGGAAAAUACAUGGUUGGUAUUGGGGAUCAAGGAUGAGAUAUUCAAUCUGGUGGACGACCUCAAAUUGCUCAAGGCUAAUCUCAAGAAAGCGUCGGAGCAUGAGAGUGCCAACCAUGUCCUAAAAGAUGUGGUGGACAAGAUCCUAAACGUGGUAAGUGAUGCGGAAGACGCAAUCUGUAAGUACAGUAUGGAGAAGAGGAAACAUACAGUCAAAGGGAUAUUUAGUUUGGGUUUUGCUAAAGAGAUCCAAAGCAUCAGAGGCAAGGUUAAACAAAUUCAGCAAGACCACGCCCAAGCUUUUCAGGCCCUCAUAUAUAAGCCCGAUAGAGGAGGUACAUUUAUGGAGCAGCUUGUAGAUCGGCUAGUACAAGUAUUCGAGGAAAACGCGUCGCUAAUAAUCGGGAUAAAGGAUGAGAUCGAAGAACUGGUGUCGGAGGUCACAGCCUUAAACGCAUAUCUGAAGCAAGCGUCUAAGAGUCAGAGUGCCAAUGACAAUGUUGUCCUAAGGCAUAUGCUGGAAAUAGUCCGAAAUGUGCUAUUCGAUGCUGAAGACAUGAUUGAUAUUUACGUCGUGGAGAGGAAGAAGCAUAAAGACAAAGGAGUAUUGAGAUGCUUGGAAACACUUGAUUAUUAUGCCAAGGUUAAAGAUUAUGCUAGAGGGAUCCAUGCACUCACAAGCAGAGUUAGGAAAAUCCGGCAAGACUGCCCCCAAGAUCUUCAAGACCUCAUAGAUAAUCCCAACCCCUACAGGGCCCCUGCUGUAGAAAGGAUGGCUCUCACACCCGCAGUGGUGGAAGAAGAAGAUGUGGUUGGCUUGGAUAAUGAGGUGAAAAUUAUAAAGAAUCGUCUCUUAGGAGGAUCAAAGGACUUGACAGUCAUUUCAAUUGAGGGAAUGGCUGGUCUUGGCAAAACCACAUUGACCCAAAUGGUGUUUAGGGAUCUUGAUAUUGAGUACGAAUUUGUUGGUCGCUUUUGGGUUUAUGUUUCAAGAACAUGUAAUAGAAAGCAAAUAUUUCUAAACAUUUUGAGAAACUUCACCAAGAAAACUGAAGACUUACAUAAUAUGUCUGAGGAGCACUUAGCUGAUAAAAUAAGAGAAUCUUUGAGGGAUAUAAAGUAUCUUGUUGUAAUAGAUGACAUAUGGACGGUUCAAGAUUGGGAGUGCUUGAAGAUUGCUUUUGCAAAGAAUGGGAAAGGCAGUAGAGUAUUGGUGACCACUCAAAAUGCAAGGGUGGCUUCUCACAUUGAUUCCAAUGGUAGCCCUCACCAACUAACAUUUUUGAGCAACGACGAAAGUUGGGAGUUAUUAGAAAAGAAGGUUUUUCGUACAGAAAGAUGUCCUCCUCACUUAGAAUACCUUGGUAGGUACAUAGCACAAAAAUGCAAUGGACUACCGCUUGCCGUGGUUGUAAUUGCUGGUGUCCUACGUAGUAAGGACUCCUCAGCUAGUGAAUGGAAACGCCUAGCUGAAGAUCCCUUCCAAGUAAUUAAUCGAGAAAAUCAUACUUACAAUGACCUAGUAAAGUUGAGUUAUGAUCAGUUGCCAUCUUACUCGAAAGAUUGCUUCCUGUACCUUGCAACUUUUCCUAGAGGACAUGAAAUCGCUGCCUGGAAACUGAUUAGUUUGUGGAUAGCUGAAGGAUUCAUUCCACUAAUGGAGGGUGGAUACACCUCUGAUUUAGAGCAUACGGCCCAGAAGUAUUUGGAAGAUCUUGUUGAUAGGAAAUUCCUGAUGGUUGUAAAAAGAAGAGCAGAUGGCCAAAUAAAAACGUGUCGCAUUCAUGACACAUUGCACGAGUUUUGUAGAACUGAAGCUACCAAAAAGAACCUGUUUCAGGAAAUGGAUGGAGCUAAAUUUGAGAUAAACAAUAUCACUCGUCGUAUUUGUGUCCACUCAAACAUUUUGGAGCUGUUGAGGUCAGGAAACAGGCAAUCUAAUGAGCACGUCCGCUCUUUCUUAUCUUGCUCCAUAAAACUAGAUAUUCCGAAUGAGUGCUUGGCAGCCAUUCCAAAAUCCUUUCCUCUUCUUAGGGUGAUGGAUGUUGAAUUAAUGAAAUUCAGCUCGCUGCCAAAAGAAUUCUUUCUCCUCUACCAUCUGAGAUUCCUUGCAAUAUCAACUGAAUUAAAAAUCCUCCCGAAGCUCUUCAAUAAUCUUUGGAACUUGGAGACACUUGUGUUGAACACUACACAAUAUAGUCUUGAAGUUAAGGCAGAGAUAUGGAGUAUGCGUAAACUAAGGCAUGUGUACUGCAACGCUUCCAUGCAGCUGCCUGCUCCUUCUCCAAAAGAUAGCAUGAAAAGCUCAGGAAGUAUAGACUUAAAGACGCUUUGUACCAUAUCACCUUCAAGUUGCACAGAGGAAAUUUUCGACAAGACCCGGGAUCUUCAAAAGUUGGGAAUUCGUGGGAAUUUAGUUGGGCUUCUAGAAAGCAAGGGAGGAAUGAGUUUGUUUGACAAUCUUCAAAAAUUGCAUCACCUGGAAAAUCUGAAGCUGAUAAAUAAUGAUCUCCACGGCAUUUUGCGGAUCAGAUUUCCUAGUGCUGAAAAAUUUCCACCCAGGUUAAGAAAGAUGACUCUGUCGAACACAGCAUUUGAAUGGAAGGACUUGAGUACAUUGGGUUGGUUGGAUGAGCUUGAGGUCCUAAAGUUGGAGGACAAUGCAUUUAGAGGAGAGUACUGUGAUCUAAGCAAUGUGGUUUUCAAAAGGUUGCAAUAUUUGAAAAUUGGAAGAAGUGAUUUAGUAUCUUGGGCAGUUUCAAAUGCGACUUUUCCGGUACUAGAAUGUCUAAUCCUCAUACACUGCACCAUGCUUGAAGGUGUUCCAUAUGCCUUUUGUGAAGUUCAGAGUCUUAAGAUGAUGGAAUUAUUUCUGACAAACAAAAAGGCCGUUAAUUCUGCUCGUGAAAUACACAAUCAAAAGGGUGGUGGAUUUCAGCUCUCUAUCUAUCCUCCUUCAUGACCAAGAUGCCAUCAAUUUCCUGUUGAAAUAAAUAAAGGAAGGGCCAACUGGAAUGUAUUAAUUAUUCCAGUUCGAUCAGUAUGUAGAGUGUUAAAAGAUUUUCUUUCUGCUUUUCAGUUCUGUUUCCAGACUACAUAUUGGAUGUUACGUUGAUUGUUUUGCACUGUCCUGCGAUUCCUAUUGGGAUUUUAUUUAUUAAUUUUUAUUGGUUUUAUCA